GUGCCGGCCUGUGUUUAGCGGAAGUAUUCAACAUUCUCAAUAACAUAUAGAAAAACAAAUAUACAGCAACAUAUAUAAGAAAAUGUUGAAUAGACUAACAGUGGUUUUGUUACUUGUGAGUGGCGUUAUAAGUGCUUCUAACAAUAUAAACAGAAUAGGGGGAGGAAUUGCUUCCGAGAGAAACUCGAGGCCAUUUCAAGUAGCACUUUUACUUCGGGUUCGUGAGGAUGGCGAACUAGGCUUCUGCGGCGGUUCGCUGGUACACUUACAGUGGGUUUUAACGGCAGCCCAUUGCUGUUAUCACGGACCCCAGGAGGUUACGAAUGUAGAGGUGAUAUUGGGAGCGCACUCUCUGUACGAUCGUUACGAGAAUGGUCGUCGGUUGAUUACUGUUAAUCAGAUAGUGGUACAUCCCGAGUGGGAUCCAGAUACAUUCGCUAACGAUCUCGCUCUACUAAAGUUAACUAACGCCGUACAACCAUCAGAUUCAAUAGGGAUUGUUCGUCUUCCGUAUCUAAGGACAGUGUCUGCAAAUUUCGCCGGUCAGGCGGCCACAGCUUCUGGCUGGGGUAUAGCUGCCAAUGGUGUCACCUUCGUCUCUCCAACUCUUCGCAUGAAGAUGUCCACGGUGACGACGAACACCUACUGCAGGUCGCUCUUCAGAACCAACUUGCCAGACAACAUUAUAUGCACUUUCAGUACUCAGGCUAGCACUUGCAAGGGCGAUAAUGGUGGACCGUUGACUGUAUUUACAAACGACACUGAAGAAAACGUACUGAUCGGCGUAACUUCGUUUAUAGAAGCUCACGGCUGUAAUACCAACUUACCGAACGUGUUCACACGAGUCCAACGUUAUCUGAGUUGGAUCAGUGAAGUCACUGGAAUCACGCUAGAAAUGCACGGUGUUCUAUUCCUUUGUUUGUCGCUGGUGGCAGCGACAUCGGCAUAUUUACGAGUGCCGAAGGACUAUCACUUAGAAGUCGGAAUACCAACAGCAACGAGAAUAAAGGAAGCUGAAGAUAAAUUCCUUUCCAGUCAGAACGAUGGAGCAGAGAGGAUCGUAGGUGGAAAUGUGGCCGCCGCAAACGCCCAUCCAUAUCUUGCUGGUCUCCUUAUCACAUUCUUCAACAACCCCGGUACAUCAGCUUGUGGAUCGUCCCUCAUAUCUUCUAACCGCCUGGUGACGGCGGCGCACUGUUGGGACACCGGCUCUUUGUUUGUGAGACAGUUCGUUGUAGUCCUAGGUUCACAGUUGCUCUUCUCUGGAGGAACUAGAAUAGCAACCAACAACGUAGUGGUACAUCCACAAUGGAAUCGAUCGUUUUUACAGAAUGACAUAGCCAUAAUUUAUUUGCCAAGCAACGUUAGGUUUUCCGAAUCAAUCCAGCCGAUUGCUCUGCCUGAAAACGAUUUGUAUGACACCUUCCAAGGCUUCUCAGCUACAGCGGCUGGUUACGGAAAGACGAGUGACUGGCAGAGUGGGAUAUCCGUGAACUCGAUGGUUAAUGAAGUUAACGUAGUCGUGAUAGGUAACAGUCAGUGUCAACGGUCGUACGGAUCGAGUUACGUUCGUCCUAACGUUUUGUGUACCGAUGGUAUAGGAGGCGUCGGCAUCUGCGGAGGAGACUCCGGAGGACCUUUGGUUCUAAGAAAUAGAUACGGACAACAAAUUUUGGUUGGCAUUAGUUCUUUUGCUGCGAGCAACGCCUGCGAGAGAGGUCAUCCCUCAGGCUUCGUCAGGGUUACCAGUCACUAUAAUUUCAUCACUCAGCAUUUGUAAUAUUAAAGUGUCACUUCGAUACGUUUAAGAAUAUUGAUAUUAAAUUUAUAAAGAUUAUUUAUUUCACAAUAA